AUGCCACUGUUUAGUAACAAAUUUUCUCCUAAAACUAUUCCAAUAAGAAAGCAAGACACCGCCGUUUUAAGAAGUGAGUUUGGCAGUGAAUAUGCCACCAAAGAACUAAGUAUUGACAUUCAGCCGUUGAAAUUAAAACUAGGAGGCUUCGAAGUAUCUUUUGAAGACGGGGAAUGGAUACCAGCGUCAGGAAAAGCAGGCGCGGCACAUAAAGAAAAUUUAAGACUUAAGAAGGAAUUGGAACAACUCGAGGAAGAGAACAAUAUGUUACGGCUAAAGUUUGAAAUUCUGCUCGAUAUGAUGACUGACAAGACAAUGGAAGCGGAACAGCAAUCAGAGCUACAAAGAUCGCACAGCACCAGUUCUUUAAAACAAAAGAGCAAAAAGUACAAGUCCUGA